AUGAGGACAGCUGUUGUGAAAGGCUGGUCUUCAAUCUUACAGUUUCGGAAAGAUAUAUCUUCACUUAUAUGUAAUUCUAAUGGGCAUGGGCCAAAGGCAUUUUAUGGUGGCAUUUUUUGUAUGAAACCUGCGCCACCAAGUGAGGAAGGUGAUCUGCGCAAAGGAGUUAACACAGGAGAGGACCACAAAUUCUUCGUCCUCUGCAGUUUGUUCGGGUGCAAUGAAUUUCCGCCAGAUGUCCGACGGCGUCAACACCUGGUGAGGAAGAAUAUGACAGAAGAGAUAGUCAGUUCGCCGAAGUUGUGGCAACCCCAUCAAAUAACAACUGCGGGAAUUAAUAGGAAAACCUCGGGAGUUAUUAUGGAUGAUUUUAGUCUUAUAAUGCGUCCAGGAUCUACUUUUGAUGCACCUCUGGACCAGGCUUUAAUUUUAAGCUCAAUUUUUAAUCCUGCACAUUCACAGAAGGGACAAGUUGAUCCCACCAAUCAUAAACUAUGGACGGUAUUCAAAGAAAAGGAACGUGACAUGUCUUCGGUUAACACCAACAUCGAGUUGGCGACCUCCGGGACAGGCGAAGAACAUGAAGUCAUCACAAAAACUUACCGCCGACGUUUUUGGAUUCUUUUGGUCUUCGCGAUGUUAACGGGUUUCCAGGUAGGACUUCGCUUGCACCCCUGCGAGCCCUCGCUAAGCCCCCUCUCCUUUGACACUGAGUUGGCUAAUGGCCAGCAGUGGAACACGUGGGGUCCCAUCGGCGCGAGCAUGGGGGCUGCUUACCCAGGCUGGGGCUCCAGUACGGUGGCCAUGAUGGCCAACUGGGGCCCGAUUACCUUCCUGAUAUUUGUGGCUCCCAUGUGCUGGCUCAUGAACACCCGGGGGCUUCGCGUGAGUGUAGUCACCUGCGCUACUAUGAUGAGCGUCGGAACCUUGCUCAGGUGUAUCCCCGCCCCUCCUGCUAUCUUCACGGCGCUAUGUCAUGUGUGCGCAUUCCUCGUGGGUACAUCUGGCACCAUCAUGCUGGCUGCCCCGCCCCUCCUCGCCGCCGAUUGGUUCCCUCCGCAGGAGAGAACCACCGCCACGGCACGUAACAAUUUCUCAAAAUCUUUAUAUGCUUUAGCAAUUAUCAAUGCGCAUUUUGAAACUAAGGCCAAUGCGUAUGAAUGCUGCACUGAUCCUUGCAGUCUGGGAAUAGAACAGGAUGUGCUUUUGUCUUAUAUAAAAACAUUUUGCAGCACCAGGAUUGUAGGAGGGUUCAUGACUGGACUAGCACUACGCAAACUGAGUUGCAUGAGGUAUGGAGAACUAUGCAACUACUGCAUAUCACCUGAUGUCUUGGAAGAUAUACUAAUGUAUCCUCAAUAUCAAAUGUUACAAUGCCUUUCCACGCCCAAGCCGUUUCACAUUAGUAGCGUUGAGCUAGAUCUCUGUCACCAAUACAAAUACCUCAGGGUGAUUGUUAAUGAUGCAGAGUUCAUACAUAACCUGAAGAAAAGGUUGUGGGAGCGGUUGAAGCCACUUAGGACACUUCCCCACAUUGCCCUCAGCCCCAGCAUACCCCCAAUGGGCCCACAUUGCACCGAUCAAGACCUAUUAGAUGCGAAUCAAACAGUUGCCCAAAGGCGCCAGCGGUGUUUCUGCAGACCAUAUACAUGUGAUAAUCAAUUUGGUCGUUUAUCCUGUUCCUCGGAAGCCGUCCCGAUCGUGGCCAACCAGGUGGGUUCCGCUCUGAGCUACCUGGAGGCGCGUGUCGUGCGUGCCCCGGGGGACUCGGUGACCCCAGCCGACAUCAGGAGUGACGUCACUACACUCCUUUCUGUAGAGGCCGGAAUAGCUGCAGCGUUGCUGGUGAUGACGGUAGCCUACUUCCCCUCGCGCCCGUCCUCCCCUCCCUCCAUCACCUCCGCCGCCCCCCGUCUGGAGUACCGCGCUACCCUCGCCGCGAUCGCCAGAAACCGCGACGUGUUGCUGGUGUUCGCGUCGUACGGCCUGUCCAGCAUCCCGUGGGAGGCGGUCCUCAGCUAUUACCUCUCGACCCUCGGCAUCCAGCAGGAUGAGGCCUCCUGGCUGGGCUUCGUCGCCGUGGUCGCCUCGGCCGCCGCGGGCCUCCUCGCCGCCCGCCUCAACGACCUGAUCUACGGCCACGCCCUCCCCUGCGUGCUGGCGCUCAUGCUUGCCUCUAUCGGGGCCUUCUACUGGCUCUGCCUGCUCUCGUGGGGCACCAUCGCCGUGGCCAAGUGGCAAGUAUACACGUCUGUUAUCGGCGGGAUGGCUGUGAAUCUGGGCGCGACGUCCUUGUUCGUGGAGCUGGCGGUGGAGCUGGCGUACCCGUGUCCCGAGGGCGUCGUCACCGGCUUCAUGGAGGCAGUGCCCAACGUCACCGGAGCCAUCUUUUUAUUCUUGUUUUUCAUACCCGAUAUUGGAUACACUUGGGUGGUCUACUACCUGCUGGGGUCGUGCGUGGCGUGCGUCCUGCCGCUCCUGCUGGUGAAGGAAGAGUACGCCAGGUCCUCCAUCGACCGCCGCCGCUGCCUGGGAUCCUUCCCUUGAAGAGGCGCUGCUGCGUCUCGCGAUUUUGGUCGAUUGCUCUGAAAGUGUAAACAGGCUGGAUUGAAAAGGCCAUGCUUUACAUUUGAGUUUUCUUUGCUUAUGUGUGGUGUCAUUUUUUCAGUUAUCUUCAUUAUCAGCUAUUAUUUUCAUUACUGAUAUCAUUAUUAAGCCUCUGCGAUGACUUCUUGUACGUAUCAAGGAUAAGUCCGACAUGCGAAGCUGAGCCUCGCCCGGGCUAUGGGUGAACCCGGCCUGUGCCGACUAAUGUCGA